UUUAACCUUUACACGUACCCUCCCUUAAAAAUUCUCGUCUUUAAAUUUGGCCGUCCUUUCUCCACACCCAUCACAAUUUUCAUUUUCUCCAAUUCUCUCUUUAUUAAUUACUUAAAAUAGAUUUUAUUUAUUAAGGCUUUUUUUUUUAAGCCUAUGAAAGAAAGAAGAGAAAUUAGUGAGAAAUUUUAUGAUGCAGCACAGUCCAGUGUACUCCCCUGUAGCUCAUCAUUCAGAUGCAUCACGACCGUCUCUUGGAUUUCCAUUGGGUACAGGUUUGUUGUUGAUCGUCAUAUUUAGCUUAAGUGGGAUUUUCUCGUGUUGUUACCAUUGGGAUAAGUUUCGUUCUCUUCGUCAAUCUUAUUCUGAUGAUCUUGAUCUUGAAGCUGCUAAUCAUCAUUCUGACUUUUCUAAACCCAAGCCUAAUAAUUACUUGAAACAAGAAGAAAUGGCAAGUUUGCCGGUAAUAAUGCCAGGACAACAAAUGCCAAGGUUCAUAGCCAUACCAUGUCCAUGUGAACCACCUCGGCCCGAGAAGCACGACCCGAUUCUCAGCCCUCAGAAGCCACCCAAGCUGCCGCGUUUGCCCGUUCCUCUCAAUUAAUUGUGAAAUUCCGCAAAAUAGUGCAUUUUUUCGGGCUAAAUUAAUUUUCUACAUGCACAAAAUUGAUAAAUUGGGUUAGAAAUUACUCCUUAUUGUAUCAAUUAGUGAUAGUUGUGUUGUACAUACUAAUUAAGUUAGAGAUUAUUAUUACUUCAAUUUUUGAUGUACUUAUUCUACAAAUUAUUUCAUCCAAUUCCCUUAAUUUAUUAAGGCUUGUUUAUUA